GGCAAGAGCUGCUGGUGGCUGCAGAAGGAGAAGAAAAGGAGGAGGAGGUGGAAGAUGGUGGAAUUAGAGCUGCUAGCCGCUGCACUGAAGACUCAAUCUCCGGGCUCCCCUCUAUUCUCCUGCUAACAUCUCAGCCCUCCAGCCAGGAAGCUGCAGCCGCCUCAGCCUGUGAUGUAGUGAGCUGGCUCUGUGAUUGGCAAGUCAGAGGCGAUCCAGGGAUCUGUGGGUAGAGAUGUUGAUCUGGUAAGCCUGCACCAAUAGCAAAUCUGCCAUGAACAACUCAGAGGGAUCUCAGGAGGUGGAGGCUAGCGAUGAGCCUGGAAAUGCAGACAUCAAUGAGUCUGUAGAAGCUGACCUAGAGCUACCAGAAGUUGAAGAAGAACAACAUUUGAAUACUCCUCCCAACUCACGGCAGGAACAGGAGGGACAAUUUGGGCAGGAUGAAGAAGGAACACUUGCUAGGUCUGCUAGUACAGAGAGUGGAUUUCACAACCACACGGAUACAGCUGAAGGGGAUGUAAUAGCAGGCCAGGAAGAUGGGUAUGAUUUGGACAGAGCUCAGGAAAAUGAGGAUGAGAAUACUUAUGCUGUUCAGUACAGGCCAGAGUCUGAGGAAUAUACAGAGAAUGCAGAAGCUGAGCAUGGUGAGGCACUUCGUAACAGAACUCUACCCAAUCACCUACAUUUCCAUGGUUUGGACCAAGAGGAUGCUAUAAAUGCAGCUUAUUCUGGUUAUGUCUACACACACCGGUUAUUUCCCAGGGGUGAUGAUGAACAAUAUGCUGAACCUUAUGCAGACUAUGGACUGCAAGAGCAUGUUUAUGAGGAGAUAGGUGACACACCAGAUCUGGACAUUAGUGAGGGUCUUCGACUCUAUGAGCAGGAAAGAGAGGAAGCUGAUAAUUAUAGGAAAGAAGCUCUGGGUGCUCGACUUCAUCAUUACGAUGAGCGGUCAGAUGGUGAGUCUGAUAGUCCUGAGAAAGAAGCAGAGUUCGCUCCAUAUCCAAGGAUGGACAGUUAUGAGCAAGAAGAAGACAUUGAUCAGAUUGUAGCAGAGGUCAAACAGAGCAUGAGUUCCCAAAGUCUUGACAAAGCUGCUGAGGACAUGCCAGAAUCUGAACAAAACUUAGAUCUUGCUGACCCCUCUAAAGUUAGUGAAGAAGGCCAUGUUAGCAACGGCAACCUGUCUUCUGCCUCAAAAACUGCUGCUAAUACAGGAGAAAUCGUGCAAAGGUACAGUAAAGAGAAACGGGAUGCCAUUUCGCUGGCUAUUAAAGACAUUAAGGAUGCUAUAGAGGAAGUAAAGACUAGGACAAUACGUUCUCCAUAUACCCCUGAUGAGCCAAAAGAACCAAUUUGGGUAAUGCGUCAGGACAUUAGCCCAACAAAGGACUGUGAUGAUCAGAGACCACUAGAGGGAGAUUCUCCAUCUCCUGACUCUUCUACGCAGGGAGCAGAAUCUUUAAACCGGCAACAUCGACAGAAUGCCUGUGAUUCAGCUGAAUCCUCUUCCAACAAAGAGUCAAGGAAGAGCCUGGCUUCUUUUCCAACUUACGUAGAAGUGCCAGGACCCUGCGAUCCUGAAGACUUGAUAGAUGGAAUUAUUUUUGCUGCAAAUUACCUCGGCUCCACACAGCUACUCUCUGACAAAACUCCUUCAAAGAAUGUGCGCAUGAUGCAAGCACAGGAAGCUGUUAGUCGAAUUAAGAUGGCCCAGAAAUUAGCCAAAAGCAGGAAGAAGGCUGCAGAAGGGGAGGCUCAACCUAUGACCGAAGUGGACUUAUUUAUUUCUACGCAGAGAAUAAAAGUAUUGAAUGCUGACACGCAGGAGACAAUGAUGGAUCACCCUCUGAGGACUAUAUCAUACAUUGCUGAUAUUGGGAAUAUCGUUGUCCUGAUGGCACGCAGAAGAAUGCCACGCAGUAACUCUCAGGACAAUGUGGAGGCUUCUCACCCAUCCCAAGAUGGAAAGAGACAGUACAAGAUGAUCUGCCAUGUCUUCGAGUCUGAAGAUGCUCAGCUCAUCGCUCAGUCUAUAGGUCAGGCAUUUAGUGUUGCUUACCAGGAAUUCCUUAGAGCUAAUGGCAUUAACCCAGAAGAUCUGAGCCAGAAGGAAUACAGUGAUUUACUUAACACCCAGGACAUGUAUAAUGAUGACCUCAUCCAUUUUUCAAAGUCAGAGAACUGUAAAGAUGUGUUUAUUGAAAAGCAAAAAGGGGAAAUCCUUGGAGUUGUCAUUGUAGAGUCUGGCUGGGGCUCUAUUCUGCCAACAGUUAUUAUUGCGAAUAUGAUGCAUGGAGGCCCUGCUGAGAAGUCGGGAAAACUGAAUAUUGGGGAUCAAAUCAUGUCUAUAAAUGGAACCAGCUUAGUUGGGUUACCGCUGUCGACUUGUCAAAGCAUUAUCAAGGGCUUAAAGAACCAGUCACGUGUGAAGCUGAACAUCGUGAGAUGUCCUCCAGUAACCACUGUCUUAAUCAGGAGACCUGACCUUAGAUACCAGCUUGGCUUCAGUGUACAGAAUGGCAUUAUUUGCAGCCUUAUGCGAGGUGGAAUUGCAGAGCGAGGUGGUGUACGAGUAGGUCAUCGCAUCAUUGAGAUCAAUGGACAGAGCGUGGUAGCAACUCCCCAUGAGAAGAUAGUUCAUAUUCUGUCCAAUGCAGUUGGCGAGAUACACAUGAAGACCAUGCCAGCAGCCAUGUACCGACUGCUGACGGCACAGGAGCAACCAGUUUACAUAUGAUAGCGUCUGUCUCUUCACAACAUGCAUGGAGCACAGUUCUCCUCAAGUGUGGUUGUGGUUAAAGUGCCGCAUCUGUUUGCAGAAACAUCUUGAGAAGAAUUACUACUUUUUCUUUUUUGUUUUAGCCCAGGUUUUUUUCUAUAUUGCACAUCUCUCAUAAAAUGGGUUAAUCUAUUUAGGGCCUGUGCUCCAGUCAUCAUUUAACUAAUAUAUAGCUGCAGUGUUAGGAAAACACCUUACAGUUCAUGUGGACUGCUUUUGAGUCCUAGAAUGCAUCCUGCUGAACGGCUGGGUGACAACAAGUCACUUCAGUGAAGACCAAGCUUCUGCUACUAGUGAUCUUGUCCUCUCCUUUAUGCACUUAAAGUUCUAACAUUUAAAUCUGGCCAGUAGUUAAUCUUGCGUAUUAUGAAAGAGCCUUCAUGCAUGUGUCACAGUUGUAAAGUAGCAGGACUGGAUCUUAGAUACAACUCUAGGAGUUGUGCAUGAAACUCUGGGUUGCCUUGGAUCUUCAAAUUAUAAUAUGUGUGCUUCUGUUGUGUUCACUGUAUCAAAGCACUUUUGAAACUGAAAUAUCCUACAUCAGUAAUUUAUUUAAAAAAAAAAAAAAUACAGGUGCUGUUUAAGCAGCAUGUCUACAUCCAUG